AAGUAUUUCAAAAUUCGAAUUCAAAACUCAGAGAGAGAGCAAUGGCGCCGAAAUCCGAAAUCAAGGGUUUCUACAAGCAACAGAAGAAGGGCGGCAUCUCCAAGGCGAAGCCCAAGUCAAAGACUGCUUCUUCUUCUUCUUCUUCUACCCCCAAGCACUCCGCCUCUUUCGGCGCUAAUCUCACUCAACCUCCGGCCCUCGUCUCCCAUGGCUCCCUCGAUUUACAAGAUGAAUAUGAUGAGAAAGAGGUUGUGUUGAGGCAAUUUGACAUGAACAUGGCGUAUGGACCGUGCCUUGGAAUGAGCAGACUGGAGCGAUGGGAGCGUGCCAAGUCUCUUGGCAUGAACCCUCCGAAUGAUCUUCUGCGCAUCCUUGAAGGCAAGAAUGCUCGACAAGAAUGUCUGUGGGACUGCCGUGUUUAGAAUAAUACUGUCUUCCCAUUCAUGCUGCUUGGCUUUUCCUAGUAGUUUUCCUUAGCUGUUUCUGUUUAACCCCCCAUGUACAGCCCCUGGCUGUUCUUGUAGUUCUUGCUUGCACUUUUUUUUAUCUCUAAAUAUUAAAAUCUUGGCAGCCAUCCUUGGCCUCAAACAUCAUUCUCUUAUAUAUUUUGUGUAACAUUUUGGUCUUAGAUGACUGCGUUUACUUC